CUUAAUUAAAAUUUACAUUGUUGACAUUGAACGUUUUUGUUUUUUUAUCUCCAAAUUUUUUGUUAUUUUUGUCCAAUUUUAUCGAAAUUAUACAACUAUGAGACUAGUCAUUUUAGAUACUUCUGCCUCUGUGGGAGAUUGGGCAGCUCGUUAUGUCAUGAAACGAAUUAAUGACUUCAAGCCCGGUCCAGAUAAUUAUUUUGUGCUCGGAUUGCCAACAGGCAGUACUCCGUUAGCCAUGUACAAAAGACUGAUUCAUUUCCACAAAGAGGGCAAAGUCUCCUUCAAGUACGUGAAGACUUUCAACAUGGAUGAGUACGUAAAUUUGCCGCGUGAUCAUCCGGAGAGCUAUCAUUACUACAUGUGGAACGAAUUUUUCAAGCAUAUCGAUAUCGAGCCUCAGAACGUGCACAUUUUGGAUGGAAAUGCGCCCGAUUUGAAAGCCGAAUGUCUCGAAUACGAGCGAAAAAUUACAGAAGCAGGCGGUGUCGAGCUCUUUAUUGGCGGCAUUGGACCCGAUGGGCAUAUUGCAUUUAAUGAACCGGGAUCUUCGCUCGUUUCGCGUACUCGAGUCAAGACAUUGGCGCAAGAUACGCUCGAAGCGAAUGCCCGUUUCUUCGGGAAUGACAUGACAAAAGUCCCGAAAGAGGCUUUAACGGUUGGCGUUGGCACGGUUAUGGAUGCGAAAGAGGUCAUGAUUUUAAUUACGGGAGCUCACAAGGCAUUUGCGUUGUACAAAGCCAUUGAAGAGGGCGUAAAUCACAUGUGGACCGUUAGUGCAUUUCAACAACAUCCAUCCUGUUUGUUCGUGUGUGACGAAGAUGCAACGUUGGAAUUACGCGUCAAAACUGUUAAAUAUUUUAAGGCCUUGAGUGCAGUCCAUCAUAAAAUGGCUGAACCAGAAAGUCGUGCAGGAAUGCAAUAAAAAUUAUCAUGUUAUUGUCCAAACAUGUUCCUUAAACUUGACUUUGUAGCUUAAUGGGAGUGCAUUCAAAGCUAAUUGACCCGGAGGAGAGUUAGGAGCAUUUGUUAUUUUUAUAUUUUUUGUUUUUAUUUGAGAUGAGAUAUUUUCUAUUUUUACACUAACACAUCACAAGACAUUUACUUUUUUGAAAAUUUGAAU